AUGUCUAAUAGUAAACACGCUGUCAUUAACAUCGAUGGAGCCUGCAUCAAUCAGGGACUCCCUAACGCAAAGGCAGGAUACGGAGUCCAUUGGGGAGAAAACCACCAAAACAAUCUCAGUGGACGCCGCAUCGCAAGGCUACAGGUGACUCUCAAGUCGGACUCGACUUACGUUCGCGACGCGAUCGCUGGAGCGUCCGGAUUCCAAAGUGCUUCUCCAGCAAACCGGGAUCUCAUGCAAUCGAUCCACGAUUUGAGCAAGGGCGGAAGAAUGUCCGUCCACUAUGAACACGUCUCUGGACACUCCGGAGACGCUGGAAACGAUGCGGCUCACCGUCUUGCCAACGAGGGAGCCAAGAAAUAA